UAUAGAAUAUAAUGUUAAUAAUUUAACUAAUAAGUUUCCCAGUUAAAAAUGGUUUUUGUUGCGCUUGUCUACAUUUUCCUCUCCCUGAUGGGCAUAAUUUUCUUUUAUAUCAAAUGGAAACAGUCCUACUGGAGUCGUAAGGGUGUUAACUACAUAGAACCAGAUUUCUUUUUUGGAAAUACGACUGCUAUGACCAAACGGAAAGACCACAGAAGCAAAGUAUUUGAAAGAUUUUAUCGUCAUUUCAAAUCGAGAGGCGAAAAAUUUGGUGGUGUUUAUGACUUCUUCUCGCCGGUACUUAUCGUUACCGAUCAGGAACUGAUCAGGAACGUUCUUCAGAAAGAUUUCUCACAUUUCGUUAACCGCGUAGGUUAUAUUAACGAAGAUGCGGAUGCUAUAACUGGAAAUCUAUUUAACUUGAAAAAUGAAAAAUGGAAGAACAUCAGAUCAAAGCUAACGCCAACAUUUACAACAGGAAAAAUAAAAAUGAUGUUCGAUACCAUGACACAAUGCAUCAAAGGCUUAGAAAAAAUAUUAGACGAAAAUGCCGCUCUAAACGAUCCCGUAGAUAUUAGAAAAUGUUUGUUGCUGUUUAACUCAGACAUUAUAUUAACCGUAGCAUUCGGCUUAGACGUCGAUAGCUUGAAAAACCCCGAGAAUGAUUUUAGAAAACAAUUCGCAAACGUAUUCAAACUGUCGCUCAAAAGUAUCAUCAAAAAAUUUAUUUCCGAUAAUUUUCCGCAAUGGCUCUUAGUUGCUCUACAAUUUAGAUUAACCAAUAAAGAAGCAGAAGAUUUUUUUAUAAAAGUAGUCAAAGACAUUGUCGAGUACAGAGAAAAGAACAAUAUUUAUCGAAAAGAUUUCAUGCAUCUAUUAAUUCAAAUAAAAAACACUGGAGAAACUGCAGACAAUGAGAGUCUUAACUCGAACAGUACCAUGAAGCACUUGUCGUACAGUGAAAUGGCUGCUCAAGCUAUUACAUUUUAUAUUGCUGGAUUUGAGACAUCUUCAACCACAGUGUCUUUCGCUUUAUUUGAAUUAGCUCUUCAUACUGACAUUCAAAAUCGACUUAGAGAAGAAAUUCAGUUAGUAAUGAAGAAACAUAAUAAUCAAAUAACUUACGAUGGUAUCAUGGAGAUGGAUUAUUUGGAUAUGGUAUUUCAAGAAAGCUUACGUAAGAAUUCCACAGCUUCAGCUCUUUCGAGGAAAUGCAACAAAGCGUAUCCCAUUCCUGGUACCGAUGUUGUAAUUGAACCGGGAAUAGAAGUGGUGAUACCAGUUUAUGGACUUCACAAUGAUCCUGAAUAUUUUCCCGAACCCGACAAAUUCGACCCUGAACGAUUUAAUCAAGAAAAUAAGAAAAAAAUACCGCCUUAUGCGUAUGUACCGUUUGGAGAGGGACCCCGAAAUUGUGUUGGUUUAAGAUUUGGCAAGAUCCAAUCGAAGAUCGCUAUAGUUGCCAUAAUUUCGAGAUACAAAGUUACUCUGAACGGGAAAACUCAGCUACCUAUCAAAUUUACAUCAAAUAGAACACCAGCCGUUGAAGGAGGAAUAUGGCUUGAUUUGGAAAAUAUUUAAAAUUAAAAUCAAACUUCUUCAUGUAUGGUUUCAGAAUUAUUAUUAUUAUAAAUAAUAUAUA